AUGACAGGCACUGCUGAAGAGAUAUACCCUAGCAUCAACCCUUAUGUAUCACUAGCAUUGUCAAUCUUCCUCUCCUUUCAGUUUGUUGGUGGACUGUAUCUAUUCUCCUCAGGCAACAGAGACAACCCUUUUGUAAUCAAACGUCGAUUCCAGAGUGUCUUUGUAUCAUGUAUCAUCUCAUACAUAGUACUCUACUAUCUGAUACCUCAAUCAUCACAAAGAGUAUAUGUAUUCUUGCAAGUCAUUGGUGUAAUGACAGAGUCAUACUUGUGGGGCAUCAUACUACCCUUCUUGUUGACGAUGCUACUGUUCAGUGGACCUUUACUGAUGGCUUAUUUAGACUAUGGCAUAGAGGAAGAGCCAUUCGACUUGAGGUGGCUGCGUAACUAUGUUGUAGGACCCACUGUUGAAGAGGUUGUCUAUCGAUCAGCCAUCGUACCAAUACUCUACUAUGGUGGCUACUCCACACGAUCAAUCAUCAUAUUCUCUCCACUACUCUUUGGUCUGUCACAUCUACAUCACAUCUUCCCAAUGGGCAAGAAGAGAAGAGAAAUCAUUGCUCAGUUAUUAGUUAGUUUGCUUCAAGUACUUUAUACAAGUCUGUUUGGAAUGUUCACUGCACUGAUAUUCGUUAGAACUGGCAACCUUUUGUCUUGUAUCCUUGUACACAGCUUCUGUAAUAUGAUGGGUCUACCGCGCUUCCAAGAUGUUCCCCAUCACCCUCACUCACGCCUGUUGUCCAUCACCUUUGUGCUUGGCCUGGUUGGAUUCUUCUAUUACCUGCCACUACUUAUACAUCCAGUAUACUUCAAUUCAUUGUUCAUUUGA